AUGCAUGCAGGGCUGGUGGAAGGGGACUCCUGCCUGUUGUGUCCGGGGGGCUUCUCCUGCCUCUCGGGUGUCUUGACACCUUGUCCCCCCUUCUUCUCCUUUUCUCUUCCUGGAGAUUUGCGCUGUCGGCCCUGCCCCCCCGGCUUCGAGUGUACAGACACCGCGCAGCCCCCCGCCGCCUGCCCCCCCGGCCACGUCGUCCUCGAGACCGCCCGCCCCAUCGAUCCCGAUCCCAGCCUCGAUCCCGAUCCCAGCCUCGAUCCCGAUCCCACCAUCGAUCCCGAUCCCAGCGGCGAUCCCGAUCCCAGCGGCGAUCCCAGCGGCGAUCCCAGCGGCGAUCCCGACCCCACAUCCGAUCCCGCUCCCGGUCGCCCGGUCGCUCGCGCGCUCGCUCGCGAGCGCCGCUGCGUUCCGUGCCCGCGCGGCUUCGAGUGCCCCUCCCCCUUGGCUGCGCUGCCGCUCGCGAGCGACGCCGCGAGCGACGCCGCGAGCGAUCCCGCGAGCGCCCGUUGGCCGCGGCCGCUCGCGCGCUGCCACUCCCACUUCUCAGACCCCGCCUGUCCCCCCGGGGGGAUCUGCUGGGCCGGCAAAUUCUUCCCCUGCCCAGAGGGACACCGAGUCAGCGAAAAAGCUGCACUGGACACCAGCUGCAGCAACUUCGCCCAAAAAUGCGAACCCAUUCCAAACCCCCAAACGCAAACCCCCGAACCCCCCCCACAGCCUUCCUCCCCCUUUCGGGCGGGGACUUCUCUGUCUCUGCGGAGAACAGAAAAAGUGUUUGGAGACUUUUACACUGUCUCCUCAGCUUCGGAACUUCGCUCUUGCGCCUACUACUCCUCCGGGGCCCUCAGCGAGAGGGCCUGUCCCCCCGGGAGGUACCUGGACGCCAGCACCAGCAUAAGGUCCAUGGAAAAUUGCAAAAUUUGCCCCGCGGGAAGAUACUGCUACGCGUACAACUUCGACAACCCAAAAGAGCCCGUCAUCAAAGGCACCAUUCUUCCCCCGGGGACUGCGUAA